AUGAUCUAUCUAGUCAAAAAAACAUGUCAAAAAAAAAACAUUCUCUGGAUUGAGCUGAUUUCUCUGGAUGAUUUUGUAUCACCUUAUUAUGUUGAAGUUGUUAGUGAAAGCCAGGGCAAUACUGAAGAAGAAUACUCAGAUUUUGAAAAAUUAAAAGCAAGAUUAACGAAAUUACUGACCCACCAGGCUACUGUUAUGCAUUACUUCUUUCGACAUAUAGAUUCAUAUGUAGCAAUAAACUUUUUGCUGGGAAAGAGAGGACACGGUGACAAUUUACUUACCGUGCAAUGGGGGGUAUAUUUGGAUACCUGA